AUGAAUACAAGAGGGAGACCCGCAGGGAGAGUAGGAGAAGAGAAUGUGAAUGAGGGAGUGUCUCCCCAAGGUCAUCAAGAUGUCCAAGUUUCGGUAGAAGUUCCGGAUAUGACCAAUGAGGAGAUAAAGUCGACUUUCUUAAUCUUGGCCCGAGCCAUGGCGGCUCAAGCGACUAGAGAUGUGGGGCCUAGGGUGAAUGCUAAUGAGGGUACUAUGGUUUCUAAUUUGAGAGACUUUGUGAGGAUGAAUCCUUUGGUGUUUCUAGGUUCUAAGGCCAAUACGCCGGUGGGAGCGGAUCCUAUAGAAUGGGAGGAUUUUAAGAAAGCUUUCCUUGGUAGGGAUGAGAUGAGUAGGUUUGUGACCAGUCUAUCCGACCUAGUAAAGGAAGAGUGCCAUACGGCAAUGCUCCAUAGUGACAUGAACAUUUCUAGGCUCAUAGUGUAUGGUCAAUCCAUUGAGGAGUCUAAACUUAAGAGGAUGAAUAGGGAUGUGAAGAGGGGUAGAUAUGAUGAGCAAGGUCAACCUAGGAUCAAGCAGAGGGCUCCAAACCAAGAUUCUUCAAGUGCUCCUAAGAGGCACUACGGGAAGUGCCUAGCCAGUACAAAUGGGUGCUAUGGUUGUGGGAAGAAUGAUCAGAAGGUGAAAGAUUGUCCUACUCUUACGGCUAGAGGAAUGGAGACAAAGCAAGCUUCUAAAGAUGGUGCGGUUCCUAUCCCUCCAAAUUAUAGUCGUUUCUAUGCUCUCCAAGCUAACAAGGACAAAGAAGCUAAUCCGGAUGAAAGCACCGGUAAGUGA